CGUCUACUUCAGACCUAGUCGAUCCCCAAACAACGACAAAGCCAAGGAACGAUGGCGAAGAAGAAGAAGGAGCAGCAACUCGAGGCUUGGUGCUGGUACUGCGACCGAGAAUUCGAGGAUGACAAGGUCCUCUUGCAACACCAAAAGGCAAAGCACUACAAAUGUCCAUACUGCCCUCGACGUCUUCACACGGCUGGAGGCCUGACGGUGCACCUGCACCAGGUCCACAAGGCUGAACCGACAACCAUCGAGAACGCCCUUCCUGGUCGUGAGUCCUUCGACAUGGAGAUAUAUGGAAUGGUGGGGGUUCCAGAGGCGGAUCUUGCAGAAUGGCGAAGCCGCCGAGGUAAGGGCGGCCAAGGAUCGAGCUCGGGCGGGGCCGGCGGGCAGCCAUCUGCCAAGAGGCCCAAAGUGGAAAACGUUUCCUUGACACCAGAACAGCUCAAGGCACAGCUGGAAGCACAUAAGGCUCUUAUGAGUGGCCAAGCCCCGCCACCGGGCGUCAUUCCUGGUCAGUUUGCAGGUGUUCCACCUCCUGGCUUCCAUGGUCCUCCCCCUCCCCUUUCAGGACCUCCGCCUCCCUUCGGACAGGCCCCUCCGCCGGGCCAGUACUACACGGGACCUCCUCCCGGUUUCCCACCUCGCCCACCACCACCUUCAGCUGUAGCAAUGCCGCCGCCAGCAGCGCCAGGGGUUGGCUCAGCCUCUCCAGCACCGACGAUUAGCCCCCACCAGCAGGCGAUCAAGAGCGGGGCAAAGAGUCGGAUGGUGUACACAAACACACAGAUAAGCCCAGAAGAAAAGCUAGCCUCGACGAGCAAAUACGUCUACGUUGAUCCUGACGAUCCGGCACCCCCUCAGCCUGUCCAAUCUGCCCAUCAAUUGCCUCAUAUGGUACAGGCGCCCCAGCAACAAUGGCAACAACCGCAACAGCCUGUGCCAUACUAUGGUCCUCCACCAGGUUGGGGUGCACAGAGCCAAAGUCCGCCCGUGGGUUAUGCUUCGCCACAGUAUCCCCACUAUAACGGCUCGGCAAGUCCUUACGCCAGGCCGCCGGCACCGCCCAUGCCGCCUCAGGGCAUGUCGCCUCCGCCAAUCUCUCCAAUGUCUCCUCAGGGCGCAUACAACAGUCCUCGUCCACCCUAUGCCGGCCCGCCCCCUGGAUUCAAUGCCGCGCCUCCAGGUACCAAUUAUGCACAUGCUCAAGCUUACCCAGCCGUUCCACCUGGGGGAGGUCUACCUUCUGCCAACGCAGAUGCAAACACAGCUGAAGCGCUGAGCAAAGCCAAUGCCAGCGCCGGCAACAGCGGCGCCAUCAGAGAAGUAGAUGCUGGGGCCAUGGAGCGCGGCGCAAAGAGAGAGAGGGAGGAGGACGAGUCGAUUCCUGAACCUGUCGGUGAAACGGAAGCGGAGGCGUCUGCGAACCGCGGAUCAAAGCCGGGAAGGGCAAGGGCUGCCGACCUGUUCUGAGUACGCGUUGCCUUUGGCUUUCUCUGGAGUGAAGCGACUUCCUCACCUGAGCUCAUACCGAAGCAUUUCUUGAAGAUCAUCCUUACCUGUCUCCUCUAUUUCAUCCUGUGAG